AUGAAGGAACACUGCAGUGUCAUUCUCAAAGCUGGCAUGUGGUUGACCUCUGGUAUAAAUACAACUCCAUUGCUCGCAGUGUCUCUCCUGAAGACUCAACCUCCAAUUCUUUCUGAAUCCAAACCAACUGAAGGACUGAUUCCCGGCCCCGACCACCAUCACACCACGCGCACGGUACGAACAGCCACUACGAUGAACAUCUCCUAUCCAGCUCUGGGCGUCCUCGCUCUUGCAGCCAGCUAUGCCUCCGCGGGACCAGCGGCCUACGGGGUUUGUCAGGCCGGUUGCGCCGCCGUCGUGAUGGCAUGCUACUCAGCGGCAGGAUACAGGAUACACAUGGGGGGUCUCGCUCGGAGCCACGGUCCCAGCGACAAUUCUCGCCUGCAACAGCGCCUUUGGGACUUGUCAGUCCGCCUGCGCUGCCGUGAUCUUGGCCCUAAUCCUUUGAGCGUCUAA